CCAACUGUUUAACUGUACUCCGUUUGCUAGAGAAAUUCUUGCUGUCGAAUUUCCGUUUUUUUGACUGGAGGUAUUUAUCUCCUGACCCAGGUCUAGCAGCUGCCUUAUUUAUUAUAUAAGGCCACAGGCUCACAACCAUGCCUCCUAAAUUUAAGAGGACUGUUGACAGCUCGGACAUGGCCAGAGCUAAAGACUCUGAAAAAGUUAGCCUACUGGGUGAAAACUCUGAUGAUGAGCAGGAAGACUUUUUUCUUAAAGGCCCCAAUGCAAGACCAGGGCGGCUCUUAAAAGAUGAGAAAGUACAAAGGGUUCAAGAACAAGUAGAUGAUGUGGUGGGAGUGAUGAAGAGUAACAUAGGCAAAGUACUGGACAGGGGAGAAAGACUUGAAGAUCUGCAGGACAAAUCAGACCACUUAAACAGCAAUUCCAGAUUGUUUCAAGCAAGAGCCAGAGAUGUCAGGUCUGCCAUGUGGUGGCAAAAUUGUAAGAUGAAAAUUAUAGUUAUGAUUGUGAUACUGAUCAUCUUUGCUGUCAUAAUCAUUCCUAUUAUAUUGAAAGCAACACAGCACCAACAUUGAGUUCUGCUAGACAAAGUCAUGAAACGGAGACAGACAUCUUUUACCCCUUUACCCAAUAGUAGUUCUGAUACAGUAAACCAAACAACACUUGCAAAGCUAAAUUAUUCUCUUCAGUGAUGCCCCUAGGCAUUUUUUUUUUCUUUUAACUUGUUGACUGUUACAGAAUGGUGUUUCUAAGAUCGGUUUAUAGAUUUUAUACUGCUGAGCGUUGACUCUCUGACUGCACAUUGUUAUAUUAUUUGACUGAAUGAAGAUUGGGCAAUGCAUAGCAAUAAUGGGAGAAGUUUCUUGAAGAAAUGUUUUCUUGAAAUGCAUUAGAUUGUAUGAACUAACAUACAAGUCAUUAUUAUAUCUCUUUCGUUUUCCCAAAUCAUCUUAUGGGGGAUGGUGCAAUAAAUGUUAUAUUUAUUUAUAUACUGUCUUAUUUGAGGAGGGGUUUGGUCAAUUGCUUUAAGUUAAAAAUGUAAAUAACGACUUAGGUUGGGCAUUUGAACAAUUUAGAACAAUGUAAAUAUUAUAAAACAGUUUUUAAAGUUAGAAAAUGAUACCCAAUGUAGGUCAAUAUUUAAACAUAUAUUUGUAAAAUGUUGUGAUUGACAGGUUGUAAUGUUGUUGUAUAAAUGUUUUUUCGAUGAUGAAAAUUAACCUUUUGUUGCUCUUUGAAGAAAAGGGGGGGGGGGUAUGAUAAUAUACCAUACAAAUUUAAGGCAUACUUGUAUAUCCUAAGAAACAACUCACACACUUAGCUUUUAUUUAGUAUUAAAUCUCAAAACCUACCACUUUCACAGCUGUUAUUUUUAUUUUUUAUGUAGGAUGUUUGGUAGUGUCUGUUAUAAAAUGCUUUUAUUUUUGUGUACCUCAUGAUGAUAGAUAUAGGAUGGGGAAAGUCACAAAGCCACAAGAGUCUGUUCAGAGUUCCCACUCUUAACAAUGGAUCAAAAGUGCUGAAAGAUUUUGUGAUGAGAUGAACAAUUUUUAAAUGAAAAAAUUUGAAGCAAACUGAUACACUCGAAGUCAAAUGGCUUAGGCAAGUAAAGCAAAGGCUUUGCUCUUUUCCAACCUACAUGAAAUUGGUCAGGAUUGGUGAUAACUAAGGCAGUGUUUAACAGUAUAUAGUUAAACUUCAGUAGUUGAUGUUUAUAGAGCUGUGAUGUAGGAUUGAUGUGUAAUGAUAUGUGUACAUGUAGAUACUUAUUAUAUGUCCACUGCCGUGUUCAGGCAACUGCUGAAACCAUUCCUGUUAACAUCUACAGCAAAGUGGAAUAAGACCAUCUUCUUGAAGAUGAAACAAACUUUCUUGAAAGACAUGGAGCUGCCUGGAAAUUUUGUUCCACAGAUUAUGCAUAAUUUUACGUACAAUGUGAUCAAAUGACUGCUGAGAGCAUUCCUGUUGCAACUUAUCGUAACAGUUCUAGAUCAAAGCAGUUAUGACAGUCCUCUGGAUGGUGGACAGAACAUUCUGGAGGGACAUUCUCAUUACCUGGAAUACUGGGUAGUAUGGAUGCAUUUUACCUUUUAAAAUUUGACAGACUGGGUGACCAUGAGGCACCUUUAAAAUUUUGGUUUUAAUGAAAUAGUAUGUAAUUUUGAUCCAGUUCAUAUGAUUACAUGAUCACAAUUGUAAAAGACACCUUUAGAAGUUAUGGGUUCAUUUAAUAUUUUGUCUGUCAAGUCAGGUACUUGGUUGAAAGAAUUUUGACUACCGAUGGUUAUAUCUGUAAAGCAAAAGUUUUUCUUUUUACAGACGUGCUAUAAAGGUUGAAAUAUCUGGUGCUAGCUGAAGUUUAAGAGGUUGUAUUUAUUCACUCAUAAAAAGGUUCAUUAUUAAAAUGGCAUUUAGUAAGAAGGUUAUCUAUUUUUAAAACUUUGAAAACAAGGUACAUCAUUUUCACUAAUAACAGCCAUUUUGUAAAAUAGGUUUAUUUUUGUGUUUAAAAAAGUUGUCAAAGGGUUGCUAAAUAAAUGUAAAUAUUGAG